GUUUUUUGUGGUGGUUGUUGUCGUAAGUUUGAAGUUGCCGCAGCUCCACUGCUGUGCACUAUGCACUGAAGCUUCGAAAACCUCCUCAACCUCUCUGUGUUCUUGGCUCUGUUCUUCGCUUCUUUUGUGAGCAGAGGGGAAAUCACUUGGUUUGGUUCGUAUUUAAAAAUCAUUAUUAAGAAUACUAAAUUAUUGGAUGAGUUAUAUGAAUGAUCUGAUUGAGUUAUGAACGAUAAUCGAAAGGAAUCUAAAAGGGGAAAGUAGCCUCAUAUGAGUCAACGGAUGAGGUGACACGAACAGUUCCCCUUGAGGGCCCCACAAGGAAACCUGCCCAUUGCUCUGUGGGGCGAUAAUCGGACGAUAUAUCAGGUAAUGUGAAACCUGUGGAUGGCUGAUGAAAGCAACGGAAAAAUGUAAUCUGGACUAGUCGCAGUUAUUGGCCAAAAGUAAUUAAAGUGAAUGGUUGGGUGACGACCCCCACUGUCGGAGUGUAAGCUUUUUCUCCUCAGCCGCCUGCUCUAUCUCCGUGGUUAAAAAGAUUAUUCUCUCAAAGUAUGAAAGUUGUUAUGAUAUUGGAUUCCCGAUAAGGAAUCAUAUCAGGUAAGUAAUGAAUGUUUAUUCAAUAUGUGAAUACGAAUCUCGAUAUUGGUUUCCUGAUAAGGAGACAUAUCAUGGUAAGUGAUACUAAUGUUGGAUUUUCGAUAAGGAAUCGUAUCUUGUUAUGUGGAUUCCCGAUAAGGAAUCGAUAUAGUGAAAGUUGUUGUGAUAUUUAUUGCCUGAUAAGAGGUUGUUUAUAAAAUAUAAGAAAGUGAUUGAUAGAGUAUGAAAGCUUUAGUUUGAAUUUCCGUUAAGAAGUUGACUAAAGAAAAUAAAGAAUAUUGUUUAUAUCAAAGUUGGGGACCUCAAAUUCCUACUAUAGAAUUGUGGUAAGUUGAAAGGUUGAUCAAAUGAGAAUAUAUGAAACAUGUCACUGUUUGGAGUCACCUUAGUGUGUUUGUUACUAUGUGAUUUAUGAUGUAUUAUGAAAUGUGGUAAAGGAAAUGUAAUAUGUAUGUUCAACAAGAAUAUUGCUGCUAAGCAUGCUAUGAUAGAUAUGAUUGUUGAAGUUAUAUGGAUUGUUGAGAGUCGUUUUCAAGUAAAAGCCACCAAAGCAUGUGUUAAGCUUAUUUACGAGUUUAGUACUUAGCUUUGCUGAUGUGUGUACGUCGUUUUGUCAUGUCUGUGGCCUGUUACUUGGUGGGUUGCAGUAUCCUAAAUGUUUCAGGUUGAAGCCGUGAGUAAUUUUUUCGGAGUUGAAGCUGUUAUGUUUUGGAAGAAUAAUUGUAAUGUUAUACGAAGAUACUAAAGUGAGGACACUUAACUUGUAAUAGUUAGUUAUCAAUCCUUCGUUUUAAUUCUUUCUACUUAUGUGUCGUUAGUGCUCCUGAUUCUCUGUUGGUUGUUGCUCCGCGAAAGCGUUAAGGUUGAUGAGCUUUGAGAUUUUGAAAUAUUUUAUAAAUUGAAAUUGUGACAGGUUCAUCUUAUUUCUUGCUUUAGCGUUGUCCUAUUUCAAAGGAAACUCUGCCGGAUUUUCUGUAUAAAUUUAUGCGAAUAAAGUCUGAGAAUCAGAGCGCUGUUGUAAUAGUUAAUCAAUUUGAAUAGAAUUGGGAAUUGAGUUCCACACUCUCCGGAGUAGUUUGGUGAGUGUGAUGGUAAUAGUUCGGGUUAUCUCGACUAGAGUCUCUUUCGUUGUGCCUAAUCCUCUGUAAGUUGGUCAGGAGAAUCAAGGCUGUAAUAAUUAGGGUUUCUCUUCCUCUUCCGCUACCCUACUACUCUAUCGUCUUCAUUGAUCCGAAGCUUUCGUCCAUGGCAGACCCGAAGUUCCACCCUGCUUUGGAUGUCUCAAAUAUCAAGAACAAUAUCCCUUUCGUUCUUGAGAUGGAAAUAGAUCAUUAUUCGGCUUGUGCCGAAUUAUUUAAGCUUCAUGCACGAUCCCACCGUGUUCACUCGCACAUCUUACCUAUUGGAAAGGAAAAGGCUCCUUCCACUGAUGGAGAAAAAGAGAUGUGGUCCACGUUAGAUGCAACGGUGCUCCAAUGGGUGUAUGCUACCAUCUCCACCGAUUUGCUACACACCAUUAUUGCUGAAGAUCACUCGGCAAAGGAGGCUUGGGAUUGGCUUCGAGAUCUUUUCCAAGACAAUAAAAACUCUUAGGUGGCUGCCCUUGAACAUGAUUUUUCUCAUGUCAAAAUACAAGACUAUCCUUCGACUUCUUCUUAUUGCCAACGAUUAAAAACCUUGUCUGAUCAACUAAAGAGCCUCGGCGCUCCCAUGAUAGACAACUGCCUUAUUCUACAGUUAGUGGCUGGCCUCACCGAUGCCUAAAGAAAGUGGGCACUCUACUCUGCCAAAGUAAACCUCUUCCUUCCUUCUCAGAGGCUCGCUCAAGUUUGUGUCUUGAAAAAAAAGCGCUGGCUGAAAUGAAUGACGAAGCGCCAACUGCUAUAGUGGCUUCUUCGAAUCACGACUUUGAUGAAUCGUCCCUCUCUGGAAAUCACGGACAAUCUCAUCAAAAUAGCAACAAGCACCAUCAUAAAAACAAGAAUGGCGGGAAAAAGAACAACGGUGAUGGUGGUUGUGGUUCUGGCACCGGCGGUGGUAACCGACGUGGUGGAGGUCGCGGGUCCGGUGACGCACAACAAGCUCUGGUACAGCAGCCUUGGAAAAAUUCUCCUUACCCUUGGCAGUGGGGUUGGAUGCCACAAUGGGCUCCUCCUCCUUGCCCUUUUCCUAAUUCACAAUGGGCUCACCCCACUUCUAGCCCGAAUAGGGUGAUGGCUUCUAAUGGGAUUUUGGGCUCCAAGCCUCCUCAAGCAUUUACUGCUACUGGGUCAGUUUCUCAAGCUAGUGUGCACAUUGAUGUUGAGAAUUCUCUUCAUACUAUGACGUUGAACCCACCCGACCCCACUUGGUACAUGGAUACCGGCGCAACUUCACAUUUGACGUCCACCAAUGGAUUUCCAGAUGGGGACCAUGAGAUGUGAUAGUCGGGGUGAUCUUUAUCCAUUAUGCAACUUCACCAAUACCAUUCAUUCUCCAUCAACUUUUGCUGAUUUGUCUUCCACCCUUUGGCAUGAUCGUUUGGGUCACCCAGGUGCUUCUAUUUUGAAUAUUCUUAAGCGCAAUAAAUGCAUUGAAUGUAAUAGUCCUAGUUCUACUACUAUUUUUCAUUCUCGCGUUCUAAGUAAACACAUUAAGUUGCCUUUUUGCUAUUUUUAAUUCCGAAACUCUGUUAGCAUUUGAUAUUAUUCAUAACGAUUUGUGGACCUCUCCUAUUUUGAAUUCAAUGGGACAUCUCUAUUAUGUUUUA